GCUCCACCAUGCGCCGUGCGGCCCGUGCGACUCGCCGGACCUCCCGGGCGUCCCUAUACGGACCGCUCGGGCUGUCCUAGCAGGGAUCGCCCCUACCCCCAGUUCCCGAUCCGGCUGCUGCGCCCCAGUCGCCGAGGAACUGCGCUCACCGCAGGGGCGGGCCCCCGCCUGUGUUCGCGGCGCCAGCAGAAGACUGAUCUUUGAAAAUAUGUAUUUGGGAGAUAGUCACGUUCUGUUGAAUACCUUGGGCUGGUGCUGCCAUCGAAAAAUCUGGUUACACUCCGGGGAGGCCUGCUGCCUCUGCAGGACUGCACCACCUCGGCCCUGAGAUGAGUGUCCGGCCUGAGCGGGCACACCAUGAAUAGAUACACAACGAUCAAGCAACUUGGGGAUGGAACCUAUGGUUCCGUCCUACUGGGACGAAGCAUUGAGUCUGGGGAGCUGAUUGCUAUUAAAAAAAUGAAAAGAAAGUUUUAUUCCUGGGAGGAAUGCAUGAACCUUCGGGAGGUUAAGUCUUUAAAGAAGCUCAACCACGCCAAUGUUGUAAAAUUAAAAGAAGUUAUCAGGGAAAAUGAUCAUCUUUAUUUUAUCUUCGAAUACAUGAAGGAAAAUCUUUACCAGCUCAUUAAAGAAAGAAAUAAGUUGUUUCCUGAAUCUGCUAUAAGGAAUAUCAUGUAUCAGAUAUUACAAGGACUUGCAUUUAUUCACAAACACGGCUUCUUUCAUAGGGACUUAAAGCCUGAGAACCUCCUCUGCAUGGGCCCAGAACUUGUGAAAAUUGCAGACUUCGGGUUGGCCCGAGAGAUCCGAUCAAGACCCCCAUACACAGACUAUGUAUCCACCAGAUGGUACAGGGCUCCAGAAGUGCUCCUGAGGUCUACCAACUACAGCUCCCCCAUUGACAUCUGGGCAGUGGGCUGCAUCAUGGCAGAAGUGUACACCCUCAGGCCACUCUUCCCUGGGGCCAGUGAAAUUGACACCAUCUUCAAAAUUUGCCAACUGUUGGGGACACCGAAAAAGACCGACUGGCCUGAAGGCUACCAACUUUCAAGUGCAAUGAACUUCCGCUGGCCCCAGUGCGUACCCAAUAACUUAAAGACCCUGAUUCCAAAUGCUAGCAGUGAAGCCAUUCAACUCCUGAGAGACAUGCUUCAGUGGGAUCCCAAGAAACGGCCAACAGCUAGUCAGGCGCUUCGAUAUCCUUACUUCCAGAUUGGGCAUCCACUGGGCAGCACCACACAGAGCCUUCAGGGAUUCAGGAAAACCACAGAAGGAUGGUCCUGAAAAGCGGGCCCACCUCCUCACAUUAAGCCGAUCCCACCUGCCCAGCCCCCAACCAAGCCACACACACGGAUCUCUUCGAGGCAGCAUCAGGCCAGCCAGCCCCCUCAGCAUCUCAUGUACCCCUACAAAACAGAGGCUUCCAGGACAGGACCACCUGAACCAUCUUCCAGAGGACAAGCCAAGCCCGUUGCUCUUCCGUCCCUCCAUACCAAGAAUCCUCAGUCGAAAAUGCUGGCUGGCCUGGAACACAAAAAUGGGGAGAUCAAGCCAAAGAGUAGGAGAAGGUGGGGUCUUGUGUCCCGGUCCACAAAGGAUUCCGAUGACUGGGCUGACUUGGAUGACUUGGAUUUCAGUCCAUCCCUCAGCAGGAUGGACCUGAAAAACAAGAAGAGACAGAGCGAAGAGACCCUCUGCAGAUUUGAGAGUGUUUUGGACCUGAAGCCCUCUGAGCCCAUCGGUACAGGAAAUAGCGCCCCCACCCAGACCUCUUAUCAGAGGCGAGACACCCCGACCCUGAGGUCCGCGGCCAAGCAGCACUACUUGAAGCACUCCCGAUACUUGCCCGGGAAUAAUAUAAGAAAUGGCAUACUUCCAAAUCCAGGCAAGGAUUUCAUUCCAUCUAACCCAUGGUCUAGUUCUGUGUCUGGAAAAUCUUCAGGGACAGUAUCGGUAAUCAGCAAAAUAAAUUCAGUUGGUUCCGGCUCUACAAGUUCUAGUGGACUAACUGGAAACUAUAUCCCCUCCUUUCUAAAAAAAGAAGUUGGUUCUGCUAUGCAGAGGGUACACUUGGCACCUAUUCCAGACCCUUCCCCUGGCUAUUCUUCCCUGAAGGCCGUGAGACCUCAUCCUGGGCGACCUUUUUUCCACACCCAGCCUAGAAGCACUCCCGGGUUGAUGCCCCGGCCUCCGGCUGCCCAGCCAGUGCAUGGCCGGACGGACUGGGCUUCUAAGUACGCGUCUCGGCGAUGACUGUGCCGAAGCUUCUGGGGGUGCAGGAAAGCAGGACACGGUCCCUCCACCAACUGGUGUUCUGCUGGCAAGAAGCUUGCGGAUGGUGUAAAAGCAAACCAACACUUUAUAGUUGUUCUUCUGAACGAAGACAUUUCAAUAUUCUUUAAAAAAAUUUUUUUUAAAUAUUGAUUUGAACGCAGUACCCUUUUUUUGUACAAAAUUAUUUUAUUCUAAAACUGGGUCCCAUUAUUUUCUUAAACAGCGGCAUUUUGUAUAUAUGGAUUAUGUUUUAGCAUUUUAUACAGUCAACUUUGUAAUGAACUUUUUAAAAAUUAAUUGACUUUCCUUUGGGGUUCCAGAUAAUAUUUUAUACAGAUUUUUAAAAAUUUAAUAAUAUUGAUGCAGUAUUGCAACAGGGGUGCAAUUUAAGGCUACAUGAUAGAGGGUUAUUUACUCAAUGCGUGCAGAUAUUUGUGAAGUGGUUAAAUUUUAAAUGUGGCACAUUGGCACUUCAGGCUCUCUUGGACCAGUGUCAGCCCUAGAGAAAUGAUCUUCUGCUUUUCUCAAUAUCAUGUUAUUCGUUUGACUUUUUUGAUACCACUUGUGCUGUUCUGAAAGUACCAUUAUGCAGUUCAUUUCAUUUUGUUUCCCAAAUGAAAGAACUCUUAAGUAAAUAUUUUUUGAAAUGUUUACAACAACGCUUUAUGGUGGUUGGAGAUAAGCGAAUGAAACCGAGCUUUACCAUGCUAGGCCGUCAUAUUCUAUUUUUCUUCUAUUUUUGAAAUCAAACUGUGUAAGUUCCCACAGAAGGGAAGCUUUUCAGGCCAACAGGUUUUUAACAUAAAGGUUAACACAGUCAGUUAAACUUAGAUCCCUGCCAGGAUGCAUGACCAAAAAGCUAAGUUUCAAAGCAGCAGAAGGGUUUUUUAUUAUAAUAAGUGAUCAGAUUUUGCAUUCAGCUUAGUUCUCCAGGCCUGGCUAGGAACAAACAAUGAAUAAUCUUCUGUCCUAGCUAAACUCUCAGGGCACGUUGGGGAGCAGGAACUUACCUGGGAAGUCACAGUUACCAUGAUGUUAGUGUCCAUAGCGUGCCACAUUUGAACUCUUAACCCUUGUGUAGCUUCUUCACACAGUGGGAACUCUAUUUGUUGGGCAGAGGCUGUUCCAUUGAGAGGAAUGUUUACAGCAAUUUUGAAAAUGACAAAGCUAGUUUGGAGACAGAAAAAGACAAAAGGUCCACUCUUCAUCCAUCUCUGUAGGGCAUUGUGCCUCCACCCAUGGUUACCUGAAAGGCAGGAGGGAAGGUCUCCGCCGGUGAACAAGAUACAAACUCAAUAGCACAUUGACUCACAUUCUGCCAAGCUACUCUUAUUUGGUUCCAGGUUCCAACGUAUAGCAAAUUGAGCCACAUGAAGUUGUCAUUUCUGUAGGUUAAAAAGAUACAUUGCAGUGAAUAUUGGCACUUUGAUUUGAUUCAACCCAAUAAGUUGGUAAAUGACUGCUUUGACAUAUUAGUAACAUGUUGCAGCCUGAACAAAUUGCCAUGGCUCCCAAAGAGCCCUAAUCUAAAUCACGGAGUAAUUUUUGCUUUGGAGAAUCUGUCUCAAAAAUGUACUUGACCAAGCA